AUGGACAACAAGCAUGCCUUCUUCAUUGCCAUCUUUGCUUCAUUCGGAGGUCUCCUCUAUGGCUAUCAGCAAGGUGUCCUCGGUCAGGCACUUGUCAUGCCGGCAUUUAUCGAACAAUUUCCAGAUGUACAUAACUCAGCUACAGCAACUGGUUGGUUGACAUCAAUCUUGCAGCUGGGUGGUUGGCUCGGCGCCAUCACUUCGGGAGUACUCUGCGAGGUCUUCAGUCGUAAGCACAGUAUCGCGGCUGCAUCUCUUUGGGUCAUCCUGGGCAGCUACCUUUGCGCUGGCGCAUCCAGCUCGUCAUACCUUCUGGCCGGUCGCUUCUUCACCGGUAUUGGUGUUGGUACUCUGUCUGCCGUCGGCCCUUUGUACAAUGCUGAACUUGCACCUCCGGAGAUUAGGGGUUUCCUAGUCGCUCUCCAGCAGCUCACAACUACUAUUGGUAUUCUCCUCGCAUACUGGAUCGCUUAUGGUACCAGUCACAUCGGCGGCACUGGCAAAGGUCAAUCUCAGUGGGCCUGGCGUCUACCUCUGAUCGCUCAGGGCAUUCCUGCCGUCAUCCUCUCCAUUGGUGUCUGGUUCAUGCCGUUCUCCCCUCGUCUUUUGAUGAACAAAGGUCGCGAAGAAGAAGCCCUCCAGACUCUCGCCAAUCUUCGUGGACUCCCAAAGGAACACGUCCUGGUACAGAUCGAGCAUCUCGAGAUCAAGUCGGAAGUCGUCUUCGAGAGACGUGCCUUUGCGAAGCGCUUUCCAUCGUUGGGUGGUGACAACCAAAGUAUUUUCAAGCGCGAGAUUGCGCAGUACACAAACAUCUUCCGCAGCAAAGACUCGUUCAAGCGCGUCGCACUUGGCUCCCUCGUCAUGUUCUUCCAGCAAUGGACAGGUAUUGAUUCUAUCAUCUACUACGCCCCCGUCAUCUUUCAAAGCCUCGGUCUCACAAGUGGCACGUCUGCCCUUUUGGCGACUGGUAUCACAGGUAUCAUCAAUGUCGCAACAACGAUUCCCGCCAUCCUCGUUAUCGACAAGGUUGGCCGCCGCCCCCUCGCCCUGAUUGGCAGUGUUCACAUGUUUAUCUGUCAAAUCAUCAUCGGUGUCAUCGUCGCUACAUGUCAGGAUAACUGGAAAGAGCACGCUGCUGCUGGCUGGGUUGCUGUCGUCAUGGUCUGGCUCUACAUUGUCGGUUUCGCAUACUCCUGGGGACCUGUCUCGUGGACUCUGAUCGCUGAAAUCUUCCCACUGAGCAUCAGAGCCAAAGGAACAUCCAUCAGUGCCAGUUCCAACUGGAUGAACAACUUCGUCAUCGCUUUCAUCACUCCACCUAUGCUCAAGAGUAUCUCAUGGGGCACCUACAUCUUCUUUGCCGCCUGGCUGGCUCUUGGUGGUGCUUUCAUCUGGUUCUUCAUCCCCGAGACCAAGGGCAAGACCUUGGAGGAGAUGGACGCCGCUUUCGGAAGUCACUCCAGUGUUGAAGAUAUCGAGGAGCUUGCCCGUGUCCAGCAGGAAGUUGGCCUGACAGAUCUGCUCAACGGAGAGCAUGUCAUGCCAUUCGAUGGAUUGGAGAAGAAUGGCGCAGAGGUUGAGGAGGUCGAGUCGAUCUAA